AUACAGCUGUUGCAGUAGGAAAACGACAGUGUCAUAUCUUUGAAAAUAUAAUAUCUGAUAGGUCCAUGGCGAGAUUUAAGGAGUUGAGCCUUGGAGAAAAAGUUAGAGAGGAAUAAAUUAACCUGUAAACCCCCUUGGAGAAGAAGCAAAAGACGAAGCUCUAGUAUAUAUAUAUUAGAGAAACCCCAGUGGCGGCUUCCUAGGAUAAAUCUGAUUAGGUGGGUAAAAUAAAAAAAAAUGGGGCUGAUAAGAAGCUACUUCUUCGUGUGCGGAACCAUCUGCGGGAUUUAUGUAGCGCAGAGCUACAACGUUCCAAACAUAGAAAAGGUGGCUCAAGCAGCCUAUUCCAUGGCCAAGCAAAUGGAAGAGAGAUACCGUAAGACAAAGACCAAGUCCAUGGAAGACUUUCAAGACUAAAGAAACAACAGCCUUCUAUUUUUCUACUAUGAUGAAUUUUGUUUUUCUUUUUUACUUCAACAAUUCUUUGUAUUCUUAAUGAAUCUGAUCUGAUUCCAAUCAUAACAAACGACUCUUCAGAUCU